AUGGAAUCACCAAUCUGCGUCAUAGACGCCCAAACUUUUGUCGAUCAUAUCCAUGUGAUAAAAUCAUGGCUUUAUGACGGCCAACUUCGCCUAAUUGUGCCCUCGAGUCGUAAGUCGUUCGCGACACCCAGCCUUUCCAGCACUCACUUGCUACCAGUAUCCGAGAACGUCGACCAGCUCUACCAGAAAUCGAUAGAACCAAAGCCGACACCGAAAGAAACUCCCAGACCGAAAGCACCAGGCAAGCCUACAAAAAAGGAAUAUCCUACAUUUGACGCAAACCCGAAAAUUGCAAAGGCUUAUCUAGCCAGAAUUCAGGCUGGCAAGGACUAUGAGACUGGUGACCAUGGCCGGCCAAUUUAUGAAAAGGAAGAAAACCAUGGAUCCGUUCACUUCGUACAACCGAUGGAACAGUAUAGCCCAUGGAAGGAUGUAGAUGAUUAUGAGGAGAAGACGGAUCUGCCAUCCGAUCGAGCCGAGUCAUGGGCCGAGAAGCUGAGGAGGAAGCAGAAUGUGGUAAAUGGAAAUGCUGAAAACAAGCUCGCAAAAGGCCCUGUCAAGCCAAAAUUAGUAGCUAAGACAGGGGCCGACAACUCGCCUUGGAAGGUGCAGAAGAAUGCACCAACCAUAUCAGUCACAGAAGUGCCGAAUGCUCUAAGACCAAUGAUGAGCUGUGCUUUGUGGCGCGUUCACGAAAGUAUCCACCGAAAUGAUGAAAAUCAGGUCUUCGUAUUGACCGACCAGCCGUCAGUCAGAGAUGUUGCAAAGAAGCUCAACAUCAAUUUUCGCUCUACGAAAGAGCUGGCUCCUUUGAUAGAGUCACAAAGGCCGCCCGUCAAUCUGGACCAGGUUGGAGUAUUCGAGCAACGACUUGGAGUAAAGCAGGUGGAAGAACGUCGGCCAAAUCCUUUGGCUUCAGAUGAAGUAGCCGAGGAUAAGCCUGUUGAAGGUAACGAACAGCAGGAAACAGAUUGCGUCAAGGAUGUCCUUCUAGUGGGGGUUUCUUCGAGCAAAGGAAUCAAUGGCACCGAUGAAAUAACAGAUCAUUCUCAAGAUCGCGUCAAAAACUUGGAGGGCAUAGCUGAAGUUGUGGCGCCCCAGCUUGCUUCUAGGGCUCCCGCAAAUGACAUUGGCCAAUCUCAAAAUGCAAUAGACAUUGCUCACGCUGACAUUGCCGUCAAUGAGCAAGCGACGCAUCUUCAACACCCAGCAAGCCAAGAGUCAAGAGACACUGUGAGCGACUUUUCAGAGGCAGCCAAGAGCGAAAGGGAUGGACUCGAUUUGUCAAGCAACUCCGAAUUGGAACAAACUCAAGCCAUUGAGAUCCCCUCAUCAUCUCCUGAAGUGCCUGCACCAGCAGCAAAUGUGACUCUGCGAUCCUUUGCGGAAGCUCUGACAGGCAAUAAGUCUAGAAAGGCGCCACCAGCCCAGGCCAGCAACAGCGUCUCUACCGUUGAACGCAGCGUCACACCAGCUAGAGAUACCAGUCCAGCAAUUGAGCCAAAAGUUGAACCGCAACAUAUAGUGCCCGCAGAUGCUCCCAAUGAGCCAGAAGACAGCGACGGAGAGGUUGUUGUCUUUCAGCCGAAACGUCUAUCUGCGCAAAACAAACCAACUCAACAAAGAUCUCGGCCAUCCACACCGAACGUUCAAGCUCAACAAGCACCAAUCACAGGAACUCCACGGUCAGCGCCCAGUAAGCCUCAAAGCACGCCAAAGACGAGGCAACAAAUUCCUAGGUCCAAACCUACCAACGUAUCCAGUCACGCCGAGCCGGCGCCAGAUGAUGGACCGGCUCCAAUCGUGAUUGAUCCUGAUGCGUUUGGCCGGGGCUUCGCUGUCAACACGAAUAAGGACCAUCGAGGAAGCAUACGUGGGGCACGCGCGCGGCAUUCUCCCCAAGCAAGUCUUUUCAACGCUGGCCCUAAUCCACCUCGGCCAAGCUCAUCACAUCGUCAACCUCGGAGCAGUCCCAACCGGCCAUCUCCCAGGACUUCUCCACCACAAGCUCCUCGGCUUCCAGUGCAAAUGGAGAGAGUUGCAUCUGCUACGCAGCACAGGCCCGUGCCCCCAAAGGCCCCGGUUCGCCCAGUAGCAUCCCCCAGUCCAAUGCACCAAAAGCAGGCGCCUCCAAAGCAGCCAGCUCACAUCAGCAAGGCCCUUAGUGCGGGACUCCCCCGACAGACGCCUGCCGCCCGAAGACCUCCAAUGCAGUCAAAUGGUGCUUCUAGCGGAUCGCAGCAAAAUCCCUUGCCAAUUGGGACUGGCAGACCGACUUCUACUACAGCUACAGACAUUCGCGUGCAAACGUUGAAUGCGAAUGCCCCUAUAUUUCAACCAGCUGGUCAGGCGAAUCCGCCGCCAAUGCAGUCGUCUCUUCAGCAGCAACAGGAACCCGUUCAGACCCCGGCAAAGCAGCCACCUAUUGGCAGUGGCCGGCCAAAAUUCAAAGACUCACAGCCCAAAACAGCAGGCCCUGCUAAAUUGUCGCCAAGUGAAUCUCUUGCAGCUCCUUCACCAAAUGUUGACCUACUAGGCGAUCUGAAGCUCCCGGCUUCCACAAGUACUCCAAAACCACAAUCCCAAGGCAAUGAAUUAUUGCAAGACCUUCCAACGGAGCUCUCAAGCCUAACGAAUGCGUCACAUCCUGCGCCACAGCCUAACAAACCUCCCUACGCUCAAUCCACUGGGAUGAAUGGCAGAGAUUCUGUGUCUAGGAAUUUCCCUAACGGCAAUUUCAGACCUCAAGCUCAGCAAUCUCAGCAAGUUCAAGGGACCCGCCCUGUCAAACAAUCCUUGUUUAACCCGGAGCUCGAUCACACACGAGCUUUUCAGCCGGAACCAGUAGGGGCUCGGAAAUCCAAUGUUCCAGACGUACAUUACGUCGUCAAGUCUGGCUCCACAAGGGAGCAAGCGAGAGGAAAGGGAAAGUUGUGGAUUGGGUGA